UCUGGGCAGGGCAGGAUGGGGUGGAGAUGGCUGGAGGUAGGGUAGCUAUGACGGAAAGGCUGGGAUCUAGUCAACCUUUCUGACAGCUAGCCAGUCAACCGGUCUUCCAGCCAACCAGCCGGUCGUCUACCCCAGAACCAUGGACUUGAUCCCUGCUGUCCUCCUUCUCUUCCUCCCCACAGUUGAGGUGCUGAAGUGCUAUGUGUGCAGCUCCACCAACUCCAACGAGGAGUGUAACCAGGCAACCCAGACCUGCCAAGCUCCCCUGGAUACCUGCAUGACGACCAUAGACACCCUGAAUGGAGUUAAGGCUAUAGUGAAACACUGCUCGAGCAGCAGAACCUGCAAUGGAGCAGCGGCAGGCGCUACGGUGGACGUUAACGGGAACGGGAACCAGGUCAACUGCUGCUCCAGCAACCAGUGUAACGUGAAUGGGGCCACUUCUCUCAAGACCCAGGCCCUUCUGCAGUUGAGUGUUGCUCUUGCUGUGUGCGUCCGGGCGCUAAUCAACCUCGCAUCAGGAUAACGCGCUGACGGGGUUGUCUUGUUGUCGGUUAAAAUAGAAUAAAGGAGAAUAUAUGCUAUGUUCAACAUUUAUGCAUAAAGCAGAGUGUAGCCUAUGCUAUAUACCCCAGCUAUGAUUACCAAAAGAAAUGUAUUUUGUUUAGCAGGUUCAAAGUAUUACUAUAAAGUACUAUAAAACCUCUAUGUAUCAACAUCAAAAGAAAUGUUCUCACCAUCAAAUCCUUUUUUAAGAUAGGAAAUAUUACUCUUAUUUUUAUGGCUAGAUUUAAUCAUUUUGCAAAAACAAAGAAUGUUUAAUUGAGACAUAUUUUACACAGUGCUUUAUUCUUGCAUGCACAGUUGUGCAUUUUUGCAUUACGUAUGAUUUUCUUUUACGAUUUCGUGGAAAUCUUCCAGUGCAUAUAAUUUAAAACAAAUGUUAG